AUGCCCGCAAAGUCGCGAUUCACGAGGCUAGACGCCUUCGCCAAAACCGUUGAAGAUGCCCGCAUUCGCACAAACUCCGGAGGUUUCAUUACCAUCGCCUCAUUGUUGAUUGUCAUGUGGCUGGUAUGGGGUGAAUGGGCCGAAUACCGACGAAUCGUGGUGCUUCCCGAACUCGUCGUCGACAAGUCUCGAGGCGAGAGGAUGGAGAUCCAUCUGAAUAUGACAUUCCCUCGGCUACCGUGCGAGCUUUUGACUUUGGACGUCAUGGAUGUCUCUGGUGAACAACAAGUUGGCGUUGCGCACGGAGUAAACAAGGUCCGCCUGAGCCCCCAUUCUGAGGGAGGCAAGGCCAUUGAAGUCCAGUCCCUGGACCUGCACUCCGACUCAGAGGCCGCCAAGCACCUGGCCCCAGACUACUGUGGUCAAUGUGGUGGCGCUGACCCUCCAGCCAACGGCAUCAAGCCCGGAUGCUGUACUACAUGCGAAGAAGUUCGCGAAGCCUACGCCCAGAAGCAAUGGGCCUUCGGUGACGGUGGCAACAUCGAGCAGUGCAUGCGGGAGGGAUUCGCCGAAAAGCUCAACCAGCAGCGCCGCGAAGGAUGUCGGAUUGAGGGCGUGCUCCGCGUGAACAAGGUGGUUGGAAACUUCCACAUUGCGCCAGGUCGUAGCUUCACGACUGGAAACAUGCACGUUCACGACCUGGAUACUUACAUUGUGAAAAAUGCGCCCCCAGCAGACCAACACACCAUGUCCCAUCUGAUUCACGAGCUUCGCUUUGGUCCUCAGCUCCCUACUGAGCUGGCAGAUCGCUGGCAAUGGACUGACCACCACCACACUAACCCACUUGACGACACUAAGCAGGAGACCGAGGAGCCCGCGUACAACUUCAUGUACUUUGUUAAGGUGGUUUCUACUUCAUACCUCCCAUUGGGUUGGGAUCCUCUGUUCUCCGCCUCUAUCCACAGCGCCUAUGACAAGGCCCCUCUAGGUUCCCAUGGUCUCGGCUACGGUGCCCAGGGUAGCAUUGAGGCGCACCAGUAUUCAGUGACUUCGCACAAGCGUCCAUUGAUCGGUGGCAACGAUGCUGCCGAAGGACACAAGGAGCGCGUGCACGCUGGUGGCGGUAUUCCCGGUGUCUUCUUCAACUACGACAUCUCGCCUAUGAAGGUUGUCAACCGCGAAGCUCGCCCCAAGACUUUCACUGGCUUCCUCACUGGUGUCUGUGCCAUUAUCGGUGGUACCUUGACUGUUGCCGCUGCUCUGGACCGUGGUCUCUACGAGGGCGCCAUGCGUGUAAAGAAGAUACACUCGAACUAA